UACUAGUGACCCACUCAAACCAUCUUAUCCACUUCCUUAACAUAAAGCUCUCCACUCGCAUGUCUCUCUGCACUCAAUAACUCCUGACCCUUCUUCCUUCAAACAAGCUAGCAAGAUUUCAAUCUCUUCCAUGGCCAUCCCAAAUGUCUCCUCCUCCUCUUCUUCCCCUCAACGGAAUCAUGACGUGUUUCUGAGUUUCAGAGGGGAAGAUACCCGCAAUACCUUUACCGGUCAUCUAUAUAACGCUCUCGUUAUAAAGGGGAUCAAAACCUUCAGAGAUGACGUGGAUCUUCAGAAGGGAAACGAAAUCUCCCCAGUACUUUUGGAAGCCAUCGAACAAUCUAAGAUUUCCAUCAUCGUCUUCUCUAAGAACUAUGCCACUUCCACGUGGUGCUUAGAUGAACUCGUCAAGAUUCUCGACUGUCGGAAAUCAAUUGGCCAAAUGGUUCGACCCAUUUUCUACGAUGUGGGUCCUUCAGAUGUGCGGAAACAGUUUGGAGAAGUGAUGGAUAUGCAUGAAAAGAAAUUCAAGGAUGAUAUGCAGAGGGUGUUGAGGUGGAAGGUGGCUCUCAAAGAGGCAGCCAAUUUGUCUGGUUGGCAUUUGAACAAUGGGCAUGAGUCCGAUUUUAUCCAGAGCAUUGUUGAAGAGAUAUCAAGUGGAAUAUUGAAGUGCACAUUUCUAGAUGUUGCGAAGAACCCAGUCGGAUUACAUUCUCACAUAGAUGCCAUGAGUGAGUUGUUGAGUGUUGGGUAUGACGACGUUCGCAUGGUUGGAAUCCAUGGAAUUGGAGGAAUAGGUAAAACAACUAUUGCAAAAGCUGUAUAUAACUUAUUUGCUGGUCAAUUUCAAAGUUUCAGCUUUCUUGCUAACGUCCGAGAAACUACAAAGCGGUGCGGCCUUGUUCAAUUACAAGAAACACUUCUAUCUGAGACGUUGGGCAAUACCAACUUAAAGGUUGGAAACGAGGAUAGAGGAAUUAAUGUAAUAAAGGAGAGGCUCUGCCAUAUGAAGGUUCUUUUAGUUCUUGAUGAUGUCAAUAAGUUGGAACAACUUGAGAAAUUAGCAGGAGAUAAGAAUUGGUUUGGUCCAGGAAGUAGAAUCAUUAUUACAACUAGAGAUCAACAUGUUCUAGAUACCCAUGGGGUAGAAAGAAAGUACGAGGUCCGAGGAUUAAGUCAUGCUGAUGCUCUUCAACUUCUUAGUUGGAAUGCAUUCAAGAAAUCUUAUCCUGAAAAAUGGUAUGAGAAGCUCAUGGAUCGUGUGGUUCAGUACGCCAAGGGCCUUCCCUUGGUUCUAGUGGUGCUGGGAUCUCUCCUAUAUCGUAGAAGCGAAGCUGAAUGGGAAAGCACAAUAUGUAAAUUGCAAAAAAGUCUUCAUAAAGAGAUCUAUGAAAUACUUAAAAUAAGCUUUGAUGCACUGGAGGACAAUGAGAAGGCUAUCUUCCUUGAUAUUGCGUGUUUCUUCAAGGGAGAAAACAAAGAUUUUGUAACUGAAGUUUUGGAAGCAAGUGAUUUUGAUCCAAUUAUUGGAAUACAAGUUCUCAUUGAAAGAUCUUUGGUGAAUAUUGGAUACCUAGGCCAAUUGCAGAUGCAUGACGUGAUACAAUUGAUGGGUAGGAAUAUCGUUCAUAAAGAAUCUCCCAACGAGCCAGGAAAGCGUAGCCGAUUAUGGUCUCAUGAGGAUAUUCUCCAUGUUCUUAUGGAAAACACGAAACUUGUUACUCUCAACAUGUGUCACAGUAAAAUCAAGCAAUUCGAAGGAAUAAAGGUUUGUGAAAAUUUGAGAAAAAUAAAUUUUUCUUACAGUGAAUACUUGACGUGCAUCCCCGAUGUCUCAACGAUGGCAAAUCUUGAGAGUUUGAAUCUUAAUGGUUGUGGCAAUUUAGUUGAGGUUCAUCAAUCUCUUGGAUUUCUAAACAAACUGUCUAGUUUGGAUGUGAAUUAUUGCUCUAAACUUGGACGUCUUCCUAACCUGAAGUUGCCACUUCUUGAAUUCCUAAGACUUGGUGAGGGCACAAGUAUUGAGAAAUUUCCAAAUAUUUUGGGAGAAAUUCCUCGUUUAAGGCAAAUUAUUUUUGAUAACAGUCCCAUUCAAGAACUGCCUUCGUCAGUUGAAUAUCUCAUUGGGCUUGAAUUCAUACAAAUACAUUCAUGCAAGAAGCUUAGAGAUCUCCCUAGAAGCAUUUCUAAGUUGCCACGUCUGAAGUAUCUUGGUCUUUGGGGUUGCACAAACCUUGGAAGGUUUCCAAAAUCAUCGUCGUUGUCAUCAUCAACAAGUUCGGGCUUUCGAAGUGUUGAUAUGAGGUUCUCUGAUGGGUUUCCAGCUUUGGAAGUGUUGAUCAUCUUUAACUGUGAUCUAGCAGAAGUUGAUUUCCUCGAGAGUUUUCAUUGCUUUCCCAUGCUACAAUAUUUGGUUCUAUCAGGAAACAAUUUCGUUAGCAUCCCUGCAUGUAUGAUCACUAGAUUUACCAAUUUGCGAUCCCUUAGUUUGGAGGAUUGCGAGGGGCUUCGACAAAAGAAUGCAAGUAGUGGUGGAAAAUCCUUCAUCGAUAAUUUAACGAUGAUGAUGCCUAUGGUAUAUAGAUUCUGUAGAAAAAUGGCAAUUAGAAUAAAAGUUAGAGGAGGGGAGUUACCAGAAUGGUUUCGGCAUCAAACUAGGGAGAAUGAGAUGUGUUUCCGAAUGCCUCCACCUAAAAAAGCCAAGUUAGCAGGUUUGGUUAUCGGUAUUGUUUUGCAAUUGGAUGCUAAUUUGUCUCCCUAUUUUGACUGUAUCAACAUAUAUAUCAAUGGUCGAGAGGCUAGUAGUCUAUACCCCAAUUCUGCCCAAUUAGAUGGUGUCGUGUGGCUGUUUUGUUUUCCAGGUGGUGACUUGGAGGGGCGAGGUGAGACCAAUGUAGGGGAUGACUUUCGAGUUUCACUUGAAUUUGUAGUCAGAAACAUAAUAGAGGACGGGGAUAAAUUUCAUAAAAGAUUGGGGGUCCAUUUUCUAUUCGAAAACACGGAUGAUGAUGAUGAUGAUCUAAGAGUGAUCCGGGAUUACUGUUCUAAUUACAAAAAAUCGUUGCCAAACAUAGAAGAAGAAGAAGAAGACGAAGAAUAA